CCUUUCAGGCUCAGCCAACCAGCCUGCAGCAUUCGUCAGACUGCAGGCCGAUCUUGCGCGAUGCCGCCAAAGGCGAAGUCGAAGCACAAGAUCUCUGCCUUGGCGAAGGCUGUCAAGACACAAAGGCAUGUCACGCCGGGCCCUACAGACCUGAACUCCGUUGCGCUUGACAUUCGUAAAGCUGCCGUCGUCCCCGAGUUCACACUCAACGGGCAGGUGCUAGAGGCGGGCAAGCGAGCGCCGACGACCUCUGACGUGAAGACGGUUCUAGCUAGCGAGUCGCAGAUCAACGUCGACCGCCGCAUUCGAAAUGCAGCUGUGCCCAUCGGCCAAGCUAUCGCUGAUGAUGCCGAGGUCUCGGAGGUGCUCACGCUGGACGCAUUCCGCGUGACGCGCGACGACCGGCUGUUGAUGCCCCGCCGGCCUGCCUGGUCGUUCGAGGUAAGCAGCGGACGCCUUCAUCAUCGAGAAGUGGAGGGUUUCAAACGAUGGUUGGCUGAUAUCCAUGAGCUUAUCUCGGAGGGCGGGGCGGCUACCCCCCCGCUUACGAGCAGAACCUGCAGGUUUGGCGGCAAUUGUGGAGAACGUUGGAGAGAUGCGACGUGGUCGUUGUGGUGGUGGACGCAAGGCAUCCGCUGCUGCAUUUACCUCCUCCUCUGGUCUACCACGUGA